UAUUUAUGACUCAUCGUCAUGGUGAAUUAGCACUCCAUAAGGUGUACAAACCCUAUAAUUUAGCGGGCUUGAUUGGCCCACCUUAAGUCCGUCUUGGCCCAAAUUUCAUAAGGGAAAAGGAAAAAAGGAAAAGAAAAAAAACAGAGAAGAAAAGUGAAGCGAGUGGAAGAUACGAAAUUGAAGAGAAGGAGUUGGAAGUGAGAAAUCGAAAUCGAAAUCGAAAUCGAAAAUCAAAAUGCCUGUGAUGGAGAAGCUCAAGAUGUUCGUUGUUCAAGAACCAGUUGUCGCUGCUUCAUGUCUCAUCGCCGGCUUUGGCCUUUUUCUUCCUGCUGUUGUAAGGCCUAUUCUGGACUCAUAUCAAACAACCGAGCAACCUCCUCAACCUGCUUUGAGUGAUGUGGUUAAAGGUAUGUCAGGUAAAAAAUAAGCUGAUUUACUUGAGAUACAAGUGGAUAAUUGCCAGCUUCUCUGCUUGAACUUUUUUUUCCUUCUCAUUCUGUGAGUAAUAAAAGUACCUAGUUACAAAACAUUUGAUUGAGCAUCAAUUUGUUACAAUCUAUCAGUUCCAGAUUCAUCCAGAGACUUCAUUUCAUAUUUAGAUUAAAUGUUUGGUUGAAUGUCAAAGUUUAUUCUGUUGCCUUAUUGAUUUUGUUCCUCUAGUGACAAUAUAAAGGAGUUUUGUUAAGCUGACUUGAAUACUUGAAUGUUGUUUAUAAAUCAAGUUGCCAUUUAAUAUUGAGAACAUAA